AGUUCCUGUUCUGCAGGGGAACUUCAGUCCGCUGAAGUUAAAACUGAUUCCUGCAAAGGAGCAGUUUUUGUGACACAGAAAAAAGUGUGAACUCAAAUAACCUAUAAAUGUAAAUAAGCGUCUACGCUGUGAUAAUUUGCUAGCUGUUUUAAGCUGUGUUUACAGUUUUCCAGCUACGCCUGGCUUCUCUGGGGCUUAUCUUCGCCGAUAUUGCGUUACAUACUCCGGUGCUGGUGCACCACUCUGCGUGACCUACAUAGUGAAGGAGCUCAGCUCAGGCCAUUUCCGAUGCUCCGGGUUGUCGGCUGUUCCCGUCCUGGGAGAAAUCCUCAGCUGUGUCGCUAUGGAAACCUCCGUCUGCACCGACGGGGGCCGCCACGCCGUCUGGGUGACUCAAGCUAUUUGCCUUCUGUAAUUACGGCUCUGUUACGGGCUAACGAGGUGCAUUUCACACCGUGCAGGAUUUCCACAUGGAGAUGUGUGGAAGGGGACUUAGCCCUGUUGUGCUCGCGCCGUGUUGCAAAAUGGUAAAUUACUUGUGACUGACUCCUGAGUGACUCUCGCCCAGACCUCUGUCCAGGAGACCACCGCGAGCAAAUGCUCCUUGUGAAGAGCGGCUGGGAGAAUGUCUGUGUGUUUCAUUGGGGGUCAUGGCAGUGGAGUCAGCACUGCGCCCCCUGCAGGUGUAACCAUGCAGCUGCGAGCAGUCGGAGCGGCAGCACAGUCAGUGGCUCGGUCUUCCUUACGAACGCGCUCCGUAACGACCACAGCGAGAAGGCGCGAUAUAAGCUAGUCGGCUAAAGUGAACCAUCAGAAAAAUUUGAGGGACUGAAACUGAAACCGCAAAUACCUAGGAAAAAAUUCAAAAAUAUCUGUUUUUCAUAUUUGCAUUUCCACAUCAAUAAUUCUAUAAUCAAUAGUCUGCUAAAUCACUGCAGUGCAUAUAUGUGAUUAUUUUUUUAUGUUUGUGAUGUCAUUGAAAAAUGUUACGAUGAGCGGAAUAUAAAGAACACAUCCGGACACAUUCCAUGUGUCCGAAAUGGAAUCCCAUUGGAUUAAUGGCAACUUUAAAAUUUCCACAAAACGCAAGGAACAUAAAUGGAAAACAUCAGUUAUUGUUUCCUGACUUGCAGCUUAGAUGGGAUGUGUUUGUCCUGCAGGUAUGUUUUUAUUUUAUUGUAGCACUCGUGUCCCCUGUGCUGCUGCUAUAUAUAGCCAGGUCUAUUUUUACACCGCGGCUGUGAAAAGAAGCUGCUGGUGUUACUGCCAGCCUGGCUACUUCGUGGCAGCACGGUUUGUGUCUGGAACAGCGUUGGCCUCAUUGCGAGGAAAGAGCGGGAGACAUUCCAAGAAGGCACUAGGAACCAGUGCCAGAUUACCGGCCCCAUUUCCGCAGGUUCCACACCAGCAGCGACACGAUGGAGCCAGGCAGCUGUCAUGACCCAGAGCCGGAAACGGACGAGGCUAACGGCCGUUCACCACAGGACGCCCGGGAGGCCGAGCUGAAGGUACGGGUGAACGGGAGUGUUUUCGUCGUUGCGAAAGCGAUCCUGACCGAGCGUUGCGAGUACUUCCGAGCGCUAUUCCAGUCAGGAAUGAGGGAAUGUCUGCAAGAGGAGAUUCACGUCCGGGGGCUCAGCCCCGGGGGCUUCUCCGUCAUGCUGGACGUCCUGGGAGGAGAUCGGCCCAUCUUGGGUGCCGACAGGUUGGUCCAAGCCAUCGAAUGCGCUGCAUUCCUGCAGGUGGAGAUGCUCACCAGACACCUCAUCAACAUCCUGAAUUCGGACAACUGUCUGCUGGUGUACCACGCCGCCGCGGAGUACGGCUUGCUAGAGCUCUUCCAUAGCGCUGCGCUGUUCAUCCGAGACAUGUACCAGGACCUGGAGGAGGACACUAGGUGUCUUCCAGCGGAGCUCCUCGAGUAUGUAGAGUCUCUCUCUCCCCAGGUGUUUGUCGCCGUGGGAACGCACUCCAGCUCCAACUUCCAGGAGUUGCCGCACGCUGCCACCAGGACCAUCUGCUAUUUGGACGAGGACGAGAAGGACUGGAAAGUCCUCACGCGGCUACCCAACGAGGCCAGCACCUCCAUGGCAGGAGUGGCAGUGCUUAAUAACAAGCUAUACAUCGUCGGCGGUGUCCACAGCGUCCACAAGCAGGUCGUGGACUCCUGCUUCUGCUACGACCCCAUGGCAGAUGCGUGGAGCGCGCUAGCUGGGCCUCGGCAGCCGAGAUACAACUUCACGCUGGUGGGACAAGAGGAUCGCCUCUACGCCAUCGGUGGAGAGUAUGAGAGGAUGGUGAUGUCAUCGGUGGAGAAGUUCAACGUCUCCACUGGCUCAUGGUCUUUCAUUACGCACCUGCCCCGACCCGCGGCCGGCAUGGCCUGCACCAAGACCAUGAACAGGAUAUUUGUGUGCCUGUGGAAGCCCAUGGAGACGACAGAGAUCUAUGAGUACCUCCUCAGCAGGGAUGUGUGGAAUCUGACCACGACACUCAUUCGAAACCAGAGCUAUGGGCACUGCAUGGUAGCACACAGGGACAACCUCUAUGUCAUGCGCAACGGGCCCUCAGACGACUUCCUGCGGUGCGUGAUGGACUGCUAUAACCUCACCUCGGGCCAGUGGACAGCCCUGCCCGGCCUCUACGCCAACAGCAAGGGUGCUCUGUUCACGGCUGUGGUGCGAGGGGACUCGGUCUUCACAGUGAACCGAGCUCUCACGUUGGAGUACUCCAUCGAGGGCAGCAAGUGGAAGCCAAAACGGGAAAUAAAGGGUUUUCCGCGCAGCGGCUCCAUGUGGACCUUCCUACUAAGACUUCCAAAGACUUCGCAGAACGUCUCCACCCUGGAUGACCUCGAUGAAAGGACGUCGUGACUGGGCAGGACUCCCUGGGCUCAUCGGUGCCAUGACGAUGAGCAGGGGGAAGGUGAUUGGCUAUCAGACAUGCAUGAGCACAUGUCACUGAAUAUUCACAUGGAAUUGGUCACACCAUAGAAACUCAGUGAGUCCCCCAAGAGCUCUCAGGUUUCACUGCCACAUUGAAAAGGUCAUGACAUCUUAUCAGGUCUUAGUUCUCCAAAAAUCAAUGGCUUCUCGAUGACAGGCCCAAUACGUCAUAAAAUAAAGGAAUUAACAUUCUAACAAA